AUACAGUAAUCACAAAAACCAGGGUAUCAAAAGCGUUUGUGAGAAAAAUAAGGUACCAAAAGCGUUCUAGUUUUUUUUUUUUUCGAGGAAAAAAGAAAAGCGUUCUAGUAGAAACUGCUAAAUGCUUGAGCGUUAAAGUAAGCAAUCAACCAGCCUAUGAAAUCCUAACACGUAAGCACAUCCCGACAGAUGACGUGUCCCCCGCCUCUCUCUCUCCUCUUCACAUAACUUAUCCAUCAGAGUGGAAUUGAAUCAAAAGUUGAAUCUUUUCAUAAAUCUGUAGAAUUUCGCGUCGGCGAGGGGAUUUCAUUGCCGUGAAAGUCAAUCUUGGUGGGGGAAAUGGCGGAAGAUAAGUACAAUAGGAAGAAUCCGGCGGUGAAGCGGAUUCUGCAGGAGGUCAAAGAGAUGCAAUCCAAUCCUUCCGAUGACUUUAUGAGCCUGCCUCUCGAGGAGAAUAUAUUUGAAUGGCAGUUUGCGAUCAGGGGUCCUAGAGAUUCGGAGUUUGAGGGAGGAAUAUACCAUGGAAGAAUUCAGCUGCCUGCUGAAUAUCCUUUCAAGCCACCUUCAUUCAUGCUGCUCACGCCGAAUGGUAGGUUUGAAACCCAAACCAAGAUAUGCUUGAGCAUUUCAAAUCAUCAUCCUGAACACUGGCAACCAUCUUGGAGUGUUCGAACUGCUUUGGUGGCAAUGAUUGCAUUCAUGCCUACUAGCCCGAAUGGUGCAUUAGGAUCAUUAGAUUACACUAAGGAGGAGAGGCGAGCUCUUGCAAUCAAAUCUCGUGAUGCAGCUCCGAGAUUUGGAUCUACUGAGCGCCAAAAGUUGAUUGAUGAGAUUCACGAAUACAUGCUUAGCAAAGCGUUGCCAGUGCCUGAAGACGCCGUAGUCCAGACUGGAAAUGAAGAGAGUGAGGAGGGUCAGCAGACUCCUAACCAAGAUGUUGAGGCUGCCACUGAAACCGAACCUCAAUUAGCUGAAGAUGAUGAUAUAGUUCAAGAACCUAAUAUAACUCCUCCAAAUGGGUAUGUUGCUGCUGAGUCAUCAAACCCAGUUCCUGCAAACGAGCAGCAGCUGUUGCAGAAGCCGGAAACAAGGGCUCCGAAGCAGGCCGAUGAUCGCCUGCUGACGUGGGCAGCGCUCGGGCUUACCUUAGCUAUAGUUGUCCUUUUGUUGAAGAAGUUCAUGAAGGCUGAUGGGCAUGGUGCUGUGUUUGUGAACCAGUCGUAAAUAUCUGUAUACCUCUUAUAAAAGAGCAUUGUUUUUCAAAAUUUAAAUCGUCUAUAAGGUUCUUGUUUCAUACUAUUAAGUUGAGGACAAUAGCGUAAUAUUGUAUAUUAGCAAAUAUAUUAAUAUCUUAAAUGUUAAGUUAUUGCUAUUAUUUAA